AUGAAUGGUGUCCUACAGAUCACAUUUAUAGUAAUUCUGAGUGUAGAAUUUAUAAUUGGCAUCUUUGGCAAUGGAUUCAUAGCUGUGGUGAACAUCAUGGACUUGGUCAAGGGAAGAAUGUUCUCUUCAGUGGAUCAUAUCCUCACUGCUCUGGCCAUCUCCAGAAUUGCACUGUUGUGGUUAGUAUUAGUGAGCUGGUGCCUAUCUAUGCAUGACCCAGUACAUUGGAUGACUAGAAAAAUUAUUGGCAUAAUACACACUAUAUGGACAACAUUCAACCAAAGCAGUCUCUGGUUUGUUACAAGUCUCAGCAUCUUUUAUUUUUUUAAGAUAGCAAAUUUUUCCAACCCAAUUUUCCUUUAUUUAAAGAUAAGAGUUAAAAAAGUAAUGAUAGGGACAUUGAUAAUGUCUUUAGUUCUCUUGUGCUUAAAUAUUACUAUUAUUAAUGCACCUGAAAACAUGUUAUUCAUAGAAUAUGAUGUAACUAUGUCUAAAAGCUUGCUCUUGAAUAACACACAGCUUUGUAUGCUGUUUGCAUUUGCUAACACUAUGUUUGGGUUCAUACCUUUUGCUGUUUCACUAGUCACUUUUCUUCUACUUGUUUUCUCACUGUGGAAACAUCAGAGGAAGAUGCAACACAGAGCCCAAGGAUGCAGAGACAUCAGCACUGAUGCCCACAUCAGAGCCUUGCAGACUUUGAUUGCUUCCAUCUUCCUGUAUUCCAUUUUCUUCCUGUCUUUUGUUCUCAAAGUUUGGAGUUCUCUGCUUCUGGAGAGAACACUGCUGCUUUUGAUCACACAGGCUGCAAGAACUGCUUUUCCCUCAGUGCACUCCUGGGUCCUGAUUCUGGGCAAUGCUAAGCUGAGAAAGGCUUCUCUCUCUGUACUCCUGUGGCUGAGGUGCAGGCACAAAGAAGAAAACCCUUGA